AUGUUAUUUGUUAAUAAUAGAGGAGAAUAUCUGGAACAAACUGAUUUAAAACGUUUGGAGUUAUUACGAAAGCAACUCUCUGUUUAUGAAACUGAAGAUAUUCAGUGGCAAUUAAAAUUACAAAAUAAAACAAUCACAUUAAAUCCUAUAGAAUAUAGUUCAUGUGCGCUUGAACAUAAAGAAACUAAAGUAUAUUUAUACAUUCACAAAGAUAUUUCUACUCUUGAUUACAUUGAUAUUGCUACUGAAUUAAUGAGAUUUGUCUGUAAAAAAUCAGUAGAUACAUUAGUUCAUUCAAUCAGUGAUAAACUUACUUCACCAUUAGAAACACUUAAACGACGUGGAAUACCUGUUGAUCGAUUAUUGAAAACUUCAGAACAACAACGUAAUGUUAACAUUAUCUUAUGUGAUAUGUUAUUAUUACAAGCUGAGAAAACAAAAUCAAAUAUUGCACAUACAGUUGAAAUAAAUCGUAUUGAUCAUUUUGGACGGUAUAAAUCAGAAGAUGAUGCUGCUAUAAACACAAUGAUUCGAGCAAGUCGAUCAUAUUCUCAACAAGAAUUCUAUCAACAAGAACAUUUUAUAAAUGAAAAUAAUACAUCAUGUGAAUGUGUUCCGGCUGCAAAUAUGAUUCGUUAUGAUAAAAUUCUUCAUGAAAUUCCUCUCUAUAUUGAUCAAAAUCUAAAAUUAACAAGUGUUUUGAUUCAACAAGCUACACAUCUUGCUUGGUUAUUAUCUGGUCUUGCAAAACAAGUAUUUAAUAUACCUGUAGAAACAAUGCAUUUAUUUCGUGAUAUUGAUAGUGGUAUAAAGAUUUUAUAUAAUCAAAGUCAAGGUGUAUCAUUUUUUUUUGUUUUAGCUCGUAUUGCUUUCAACAGUAAUGGCGCAUUAUUUUUCAAUCUCCGUUAUUUUGAACAAGUCUUUUUCGAUGAUCUAAAAUCUAAUCUGAAAAAUUCUAAAUUAUCAUCAUCAUCAACUCCUAUUGUUCGUACAAUCAUUAAUUUUUAUUUUAUGAUUACUUGUCAUGAGUUAUCACAUAAUAUUGAUUUAAAUCAUGAUUUAAAUGUUAUAAAGCGUUUUGAAAAGGUUUCUGUUCGAUUUAUGGAUGCAAAAGAUGUAUUUCUAUCCAAGUUCUCUUUUCAAUAAUUAAUUUUUAUCAAACAUAUCUUUGUUUAUGCGAUUUUCUUUUGUUUUUCAAAAUUUUCUUUCAUUAAUAUGAAAUCAACUGAAUAAAAAAAAUGUUUCAGAUGUAUUCCAGAUACAAGAAACUUAAUAUUGUCCAAUUUUGACUGUUUCACUUAUAUCUAUAUUUACAGAGUUAUCGAGUAUGUCAAACUUGAAAGUUGCAUUCAAGUACUCAAUGUGCCUCGUGGAUGUGGGUGUGACUGUAGGUGUAAUUGUGAGUAUGGAUCUCGCUUCAUUUACACUCACACCCGUAGUAGACAAUAGAUCACUGAAAGAAAUAUUGGCCUAAGAGAAUGUGGCUGCGUCGAUGUAAUUAUAUUUAAUUCCUUUUCUUUAUAUUUUUAGACUAAUCGCUUCCAUGUAAAAGUACGCCUUUAUAUAUGCAGUUAGGAAAAUGAAAUAGGAGAGAGAGAUACGAAGAGUAAGACAAGGAUAACAAGAAAGGUAAUCAUAAAGAAGAACAUCAAUAUUGGUGUUGUCACAACAAGUGAUGAACUAACUAAUCAUAAACAUAGUUACGAAACAAGGAAGGACAAUGCAUGUAGUAACAGUAGAUUAUGACACAUAGUAAAGUGAGCGAUGAAUAUCACAGAGAACUGAUAUGAUAAUAGUCAUUCUGCAAGUAAAUUUUUUCUUGGUCUAUUCUUGGACUACAUAGGAAGGAGUCUAUUACAUUUCAAUUGAUUCUCACUAGCCAAGAGUUUACACGUCUAACACAUAUUCUUAUUGGUAGUCUGUUAGCAAAAAAAAGACAUUUUUUUCUUCUUACCGAACAAACUAGAACGAUUUUUUCACAUAGAAAAAAAAAUUGAAACUCAUAAUAUCUUUGUCAAAACUACUGAAGUUAUUGCUUCGUCAGAAUUUUCAUGUAUAGGA